CUUGUUUAGGAGAAAAGGCGCCCAAACUCGUCUUUUGUAAACAUACCUCCAUUUAUUAGGUUUUAAGUUUGCUUGGUAAUUUAUUAAUUAAUUUUAUUGGUGUUUUUCUUUUAAUUGUGUUUUAAAUUACUAUUUACAAGCAUGGAAGUUCGAUCAGCACGUCGAACUAAACUUGAAGUGGAAGGUAAAAAAUCCGCUGUCAAGGCUGCUUUGGACAAAUUGUCUAGAGUUCGGAAAGGUAUUGCUGAAGACAAGUAUAACAUGAAAGAAGAGGAAAAUCUUUUCGUAGAAGGAGCUGAAGAAGAUUUUUCAGAUGAUGAUUUCGUGGUUGAUGAUACACCUAGUAUAAAGAAAUAUUUUGGUCAAGCUACUAACGGGAAGAAAGGGAAACGACAGUACGAUAGUGAAUCAGAUGAAUAUGAAGAGGAAGAAGAGGACUCUCAAGAGAAGAACAAAGUAAAGAAAAUAAAACCGCCUAAACCAUCAAACCUUUUGCAAGUUAAAGUCGAAGAGACUCAACCAGAAGACCAAGACAAUGAUGACGCAUAUGAGGUAUUAGCUUCAACAUCCAAACGUUUAAAAGGUAUGUUUGGCUCCAAAAAUAAUACACCACAAUCAAGUCGUAGAGCUUCACUACUUAAGCCAUUGGAGUUAUCAUGCAGUCCAUCUCAAAAAAGAAAACUUGAACAAGAAAAUUCGCCAGCUUCAGUUAAGACCAAAGUUAAUGGUUCUGAAGUUAAAAAAGCAAAAAUCGAUUUUGAUUCUCUUCACCAAGAAGAGAAUAAAAGUAUUCUUGAAGAUCCAGUUAAUGAUUUAGAAAACGAUGAUGAUGUUCCUGAUGCAUCGUUUGAUUUUGGUGGACAGGAAUCUUGGACAUUUGGUCUACAGGGUAUUGCUGACGAAGAAGCUACAACUGUAACUGGUGAUAAAGAUUUAGCUGUUUUUGUUGAUAAAGAUGGAAUUACUCAUUUAAAGAUGUACUGGUUAGAUGCUUACGAAGAUCUCGGUCCUUUCCACGGAAGAGUCUAUAUAUUUGGCAAGAUAAAGGCUAAGUCGAAUGCAAAGACUUCAUGUGAUUACCAGAGUUGCUGUUUGAUUAUUGAAAAGAUCGAAAGAAAAGUUUAUCUGCUUCCAGCCAUGAAAGGAGACAGUCGAAUUCCAGUUUCUGAAGUUCACAAAGAAUUCACUGAUGUAAUCGCCCCAAAUCAUCGGAUUAAAAAUUUCAAGAGUCGAAAGGUUACAAAAUUUUAUUCAUUUGACCAGCCUGAUGUACCAUAUCAAGCUGAUUACCUAGAAGUAAUCUAUGGAUCAAAUUAUCCUCAACUUCCAGCUGAUUUGAAAGGUUCAACGUUCUCCAAAGUAUUUGGUACUUCUCAAACACCUUUAGAACGGUUAAUAAUUGAGGUUAAUCUUCGAGGUCCUGGUUGGAUUAGAGUGAAAAAUCUCCACCCUGUAAAUGUCCCUGUUUCGUGGUGUAAAAAGGAGUUUACGAUGGACUACUCUUUUAAAAAUAUCACAGUUGAUAUUGAUGAUGUCACCAUCCCACCUUUAAUGAUUGCAUCUUUAAAUGUGAGAACCUAUUUAAAUCAAAUUAUCGCCAUUUCGUGUUUUGUUAAAAAAGAUUAUCAAAUUGAUGGUGGUACUCCCUCUAGUCCAUUGGAUCUUGACCAAAGCUGUUGUUUAAUUACCUCACCUUCGGGUAUUAAUCUACUUCCUGAAUUCAAAAAAGCUGCUCGUAAAUUUGUCAAAGGUCAUGAAAAUCUAAUCAAGGGAUAUGAUAAUGAACAGUUUAUGCUGAACCAAUUCCUCGUAAACUUGGGUAGACUUGAUCCUGAUGUUUUAGUCGGCCAUGAUUCUGCCUUUGAUAUCAACAUUAUUCUAAAUCGUCAAACCCAUUACAAUGAUAAAAUCAAUUGGUCUCGUUUAGGUCGUCUUAGAAGAAGCUCAAUUAAAGCCCUUAAAUCACAAAAGGAUAAAAUGGCAGUUACAUCUGGACGUUUGGUUUGUGACGUUAAAAUAAUGGCCAAAGAAUUUAUCAAAGCUAAAAGUUAUGAUUUAGAUGAACUAAUUGUCCAAGUUUUGAAAAAAGAACGCCUUUUGGGUCCUUCGUCUAUUUCUGAAGCAUAUGGUAGCGUUAAAAAUCUUUUCAGUUACGUCAACGCUUUAUUAGCUGAUAAUAGAUUCAUCAUGAGUAUAAUGUAUGAGUUGAGCGCUCUACCUUUGGCUAUGCAAAUAACUAAAAUCGCUGGUAAUCUAUUUUCGAGAACUUUAAUGGGUGGAAGAGCUGAAAGAAACGAAUAUCUUUUACUUCAUGCUUUUUACGAGAAAAACUUCAUUUUACCUGACAAAGUGAUCCCAAAAUACAAUGACAACAAAUCCAACGAUGAAGUUGUUCCAUUAGGACAAAAUGAAGAUGGAACUGAAGCUGCUAAAGGUGGUAAAAAGAAGGCUGCUUAUGCUGGUGGAUUAGUUUUAGAUCCGAAAACUGGCUUUUAUGAUUCGUAUAUCCUGCUUAUGGAUUUCAACUCGUUGUACCCCUCAAUUAUUCAAGAGUAUAAUAUAUGCUUCACUACAGUGAACAGAAAUCGCGUCAAGAUCGAUGAAAAUGGUGAUGAAAUACCUGAAGUCCCUGAUGCCGAUAAAGCCUGUGGUAUUUUACCUACAGAAAUUAAAAAACUUGUAGAAGGCAGAAGAGAGGUUAAAAGACUUAUGUUACAAGAGAAAGCACAAGACGUACAAGAUCAAUUGGACAUCAAACAGCAGGCUCUCAAACUUACUGCCAACUCUAUGUAUGGUUGUCUUGGUUUUUCCAAUGCUCGUUUUUACGCGAAACCACUUGCUGCUUUAAUUACUUUUAAAGGACGAGAGAUUUUGAUGCAUACUAAAAAUUUAGUUGAAACAAUGGGACUGGAGGUUAUUUAUGGUGACACUGAUUCAAUUAUGAUCAACACUAGUUGUAGUGAUUACGAUGAAGUAAUGAAAACUGGUCGUAAAAUUCAAGCUGAAAUUAACAAAAUUUAUCGUCUACUUGAGAUUGGUAUUGAUGGAGUUUAUCGUCCAAUGUUAUUAUUAAAGAAAAAGAAAUAUGCAGCUAUUUCUAUUUCCCGUGAUCGUAACUCGAUCAAGACAACUCGAGAAAUGAAAGGAUUGGAUAUUGUUCGUCGUGAUUGGUCUCUAAUCGCUAGAAAAGUCGGUGGAAUAAUACUGGAUGAAAUCCUCUCUGGCAAAUCAAGUCAAGAUAUUGUCGAUGCCAUACACGACAGGUUGAAAUUUUGGUCAGAUUUCAUUAAAGCCGGAAUAUUCACUCCUGAGCAACUCAAAGAUUUUGAAAUAACCAAAUCUUUAACUAAAAAUCCAGAAGAUUACGCAGAUAAGAAAAGUUUGAUACAUGUCAAUGUCGCACUUCGACGAAAUGCAGAUGAAAAACUAGAAAGGAAAUUGCGAGCUGGAGAUUGUGUGCAAUACGUUAUUUGUAUUGACGAAAGUAAUCCUGAUUUUGCUAGUUUACCCGCAACCCAAAGAGCUUUCCAUCCCGAAGAGCUUAAAGAGAGACCUUCCCUCAAGAUUGAUCCCAAUUAUUACAUAAGCCAACAAAUUCUUCCAACCAUUUCUCGUCUUUGUGAACCCAUCGAAGGAACUGACUCUCAUAUCAUGGCUGAAGUCAUGGGAAUCGAAUCAAAUUCAAUUCAUCGUAGCUCCCGUGAUGAAUUAGAAAAUGAUAUUCCUUUGAGUGAUGAUAUGAAAUUUGAUGGAUGUAAUUCAUUUAAGAUUCCAUGUCCUAAUGAUAAAUGUGCCAAGAUAAUUGAAUUUAGAGACGCCUUUAGGACUGAUUCAGUUACUAAAAAACGAAUCAACUUAAGUCUUGCUCGCUGUCCUCAUUGUAAUAUUGAUCUAACAUUAGAAGUUUAUGAAAAUCGAAUAAUCAAUCAUUUCGUCAGCAUAUUAAGGAAUCUUUUGGAUGAACAUCAGAAGUGUUGGGUGAUUUGUUGUCGCUGUAACUUCCAAACUAGAAGUUGUUGGGGUUAUUACCGUGAUAGAAGAAGUGAUAAAGGUUUAGAAUGUCCAUAUUGCCAUGAAGAUAUGGAUCAAAAGAUUACAGAUCGUCAACUCCAUCAGCAACUUUUAUUUUAUGAAACUCUUCUUGACCGUGAUACCGCUUUAAAUUCAUUAUCUAGUGCAUCUGAAAGAAGUGAGCUAGAUGCUAAAAGUGCCUCUUGUACAAAAUUGUACAGAAUUCUUUGGCAACAUGUCCAUAAUGUCCGUUACACCAUGAGUUAUACCGACGUCAAUCUCACUUUUAUGUUCCACAAUCAGAUUUUCACCUGUGUUAAAAAGCAAAUUAAAAAAUGAUUUCUUUGUAUUUAUUGAUUUCUUCCCCCAGACUCUAAGAAUCCAGGCAUUCCUUAAUUAUGCUUUUUAUUCUUAUGACAUUGUAAUAAUCAUCAUUAUCAAAUAUAAUUCCUACUGCAUUUUUAAUGCUCAUCCACCUUUUAAAACCCAAAACUUUCUCUAUUUGUGUAUAAAAUUUUUCAAAAGAAAAUUUAAUGUUUCAAUAAAUCUUUAAAUAUCACGUCAAA